UAGCUCAUACCAUACUCUUGGUUUGAAAACGGCGAACAGUUCGGGAGCACCAUAUGGCUGCACCUACCAGUGGAAGUCGUAAGAGAUCUCGCGUAGGAUCUUCAGCUAGUAGCCUAGUCAGGAGGGUCAGGCCCCGCCUGACUACUAGUAGCCAGGGUGAACACGAUGCCCCUCAUUCCGAAGCGCAACUCGCCAACACUCACUUGGAGCAUCUCUGCCUGUUGGAUGUGUUCGCUCAUCCUCACACCUUGAGAAACACUGGAAUAAUCUGCACUAUUGGUCCUGCUAGCCAGUCUGUGAGUGUCAUGAAAAAACUUAUUGAUGCAGGGAUGUGUAUUGCUCGCUUGAAUUUCUCACACGGAGAGCAUGCAUAUCACAAGCAGACUAUUGAGAAUGUCCGUGCAGCUAAUAAAGAGAUGCCUGAUAAGUAUAUUGCUAUUGCUCUUGACACUAAAGGGCCUGAAAUAAGGACCGGGCUCCUGGAAGGAGGUGGAGCUGCAGAGAUUAGCCUCAAAACUGGUGACGUGCUGACAUUGUCCAUAAAUGAAAAGUAUAAAGACUGUGGAACUGGCUCCCUCAUCUAUGUGGACUACAAGAACAUUAUUAAAGUUGUCAAACCUGGGGAAAAAGUAUUUGUUGACGAUGGUCUUAUUUCACUUAAAGUCACUGAUAAAACUGACACUACACUCAUAACUGUUGUUCAAAAUGGUGGGAAUUUGGGCUCAAGGAAAGGCGUUAACCUUCCUGGGAUUGUAGUUGAUCUGCCAGCUCUUUCAGAUAAAGACAAGAAGGAUCUUGCUUUUGGCGUAGAGAACAAGGUUGAUAUGGUCUUUGCUUCUUUCAUUCGCAAAGCUCAAGAUGUCCACGACGUGAGAGCAGAAUUAGGAGAGAAAGGAAAGAACCUAAAAAUCAUUUCAAAGGUACACUAA